AUGCAACUCGACUUGCCGUCGAUCGUCGUCUCUUCACAUUCAGACGAUCCGGGUUCUAAUAGUAGGAAUGAUAGAGCAUCGCCAGCCCUCCUGAAUCCACUCAUGCCACUAAUGAUGACACAAAUGGCAUUUUCUCAGAGAAAAUGUCCAGCUUGGGUUACUGUAGGGCAUGAUUCGGACAUUGGGACACUUUUCCUGUCUGUGUGUCUGAAAGUCCGGAUGUCCGGACAUGCAAGGAAUCGGACAGUAGCUGAAGCAAGCUAA